CCCAUCGGUCCUCAAUUGUACUUCGAGUAUCAACUACUUCAAGCACCAAUCAACUCAUUGAGAGCAAUGAGAGAGUACCAUGGCAGCUCUUGGCCCUAGCAUCCUUUCCCCAAAGGAUCCCCACACCCAAAUUAUCAUUGCAGGAGCAACAAUUGUUGUCCUGAUUGGCAUCAUUUUUGCCGCAACCACCAAUUCCACCAUCCCGAAGAAGACAACCACCACAUCCGAACAUGACGAAAACCCAAGCGGCUUCGCCUCUUUUCUGCGAUUUUUUUACGCCUCGUUCCUCAAGCCGCACACUGGCGACGUCGGCAACGGUCAACAAGAUGCUCUCGAGAGCUUCUACAAGGCACAGGCGGGAGUAUACGAUGCCACCAGAAAGAGGUUGUUGCGUGGUCGUGAAGACAUGCUUGGAUUAGUAGCAGCUCAGCUGGUGCAGAAGGCGGCCAAAGAGCGUACCCACGAUACCAAGCGUAUCUGGGUCGAUAUCGGAGGCGGCACUGGGUGGAACAUCGAAGCGAUGUCCGAAUUUGUCGACGUGGAGGAAUUCUUCUCUAGUGUUUACCUCGUCGAUUUCUCGCCUUCCCUGUGCGAAGUAGCUCGGAAACGAUUUACACGUUUGGGAUGGAAGAAUGUCAAGGUCGUGUGCCAGGAUGCCAGGACUUUUCGCCUCGAGGACCAUGAAGGUGAUCCUGUGGUGGACAAGUCUUUGACGUUCGCCCGGUCACCAAUGUCAAAUUACUUUGCGGAUGAGAGUGCAAGUGUUGGCGGUGCGGACCUCAUCACUUUGUCUUAUAGCUUGUCCAUGAUUCCCGAUUUCUACUCUGUCAUUGAUUCGUUGACCUCUUUACUCGCCCCUGGCGGUGUGAUUGGUGCCAUCGAUUUCUACGUUCAAUCCGCCGUGGAUCUAAGCUUCAGAAAUUAUACCGGUGGAGCCAUCAACCGUCACGUGAGCUGGUUCGGACGUCUUUUCUGGCGAGCAUGGUUUGAUGUGGACCGAGUUGGUCUCGAGGCUGGUCGUAGAGACUACCUUGAGUACCGAUUCGGAACGGUUCUAAGUGCUGACUCUCGCAACUAUCUCCUGGGAUCCAUUCCAUAUUAUAUUUGGGUUGGAUGUCAGAAGAAGCCUGAAUCGUCUCACAACACAACUAACUAUCCACACGAGAUUGUCGAGCGUCUUGAUGCAGCAGCUACUGAGUCUCCGUACUUGUCACCGGUCAAUCAUCAGAAUGCCUUGGCUCGCAAGGUUGACAGGGCAAGUCCUGAGCUUCGUUCCAAGGCUUUCGAUGCUGCAAUCAUAAAUCUCUCGGCUAAUCUUCCUCUGCCUUCGUUCUUCUACCAAAACCAUCACUGGAGAAUCUACUACGAUGACCAGUUGAAGAAACACACUCAAUUCAAGAACGAGUACAUCUACGCCUUCACCUGGGAAGAUUCUCGUGUCGAUCAACGCUUGCUCAAACUCACUUCCGACGAUGUCGUUCUAGCCAUCACCUCCGCAGGUGAUAACAUCCUGUCCUAUGCUUUGGAGUCUCCCGCACGCAUCCAUGCCGUAGACCUCAACCCCAACCAGAACCAUCUCCUGGAACUAAAAGUCGCUGCUUUCACUUCUCUCCCCUACCCCGACAUCUGGAAGAUCUUCGGAGAAGGCAAGCACCCCAACUUCAGGAACCUCCUGAUCACCCGCCUCUCACCACACAUGUCCUCCCGCGCAUUCCAAUACUGGCUCAACCACACCUCUACCUUCCAAUCCUCCCGCUCCCGCGGCCUCUACGAGACGGGUGGUUCCCGCCACGCAAUCCGCAUCGUGCGUCUCCUCUCCACAACCCUCGGCUUCAGCUCCCAAAUCAAAGCCCUCCUCGCCGCCAAAACGCUCAACGAACAGCGCGAGAUAUGGACCAAGCAAAUCCGCCCCAUGAUCAUGUCCCGUCUACUCUCCUACUUCGUCGUCUCGUCCGAGAAAUUCCUCUGGGCGGCCCUCGGCGUCCCGCAUAACCAGCUCGCGAUGCUGGAAGCGGACCACGUGGCGCUUGAGACGAAAAGUAGCCCGUUCCCGCAAGAGCAUUCGGAGAAAGAACUCAAUUCCUCCCGCGGCGCAGCGGUCUGGGAAUACAUGGUUCAAACACUCGACCCCGUCAUCGAAACCUCCUUAAUCGGGGAAGAUAAUCCGUAUUACCUGGUCUGCAUGCAAGGCAAGUACUCGCCGCGCUGCCACCCGGAUUACCUGAAGCCGAAAUCGCACCAGAAACUGUCGAAGCCGGCGGCGUUCGAUGGGUUGCGGAUCCAUACCGAUGAGAUUAACGAGGUGGUGACGAGGCUGGCGCCCGGUACGCUGACGGUGGCCGUGGUGAUGGAUAGCAUGGAUUGGUUUGACCCCGGGAGUCAGGAGGCGGGGAAACAGAUUGCGAAGUUGAAUCGCGCGUUGAAGAUGCAGGGGCGCGUGAUGUUGAGGUCCGCGGCGCUGGUGCCGUGGUAUGUGGAAAGGUUUGAGGAGUUGGGGUUUGUGGCGAAGAGGGUUGGGGCGAGGGAGAAUGGGGCUUGUAUUGAUCGGGUUAAUAUGUAUGCGUCUUGUUGGAUCUUGACUAAGACUGCGUCGAUCAAUCCCAAUAUUCCGAAGACGAGCCGUGAUGGGAGUGUGGAUUUGGAGAAGUUGGAGCUCUGAGUUUCGUACUGAAGAUGGAUGGAUGGUCUCGGUUGUUUCUUUGGAAGGAUCAGAUU